UUCCGCUUGUUCCGAUGCAACCUCGUCCGUAUCCACCACUGCCCUCCGCGCCGCCACCGGGAGAAGCUAAGCUGCUCGCAUUCUCAGUCCUCACGGGGUUUCAGGUGCCAACUUCCUGUAUCUACCAAGUACCAACGCGGCUUAUGCGGAAGGAAAAUGGCCGGAAACGGUGGGUGCCGUACGGCUGUACCUCAUCGUCCGGUGUUGGUUGCCUCUGAGCUGAGGUACCACUUCGAGGUCAAGUUUCGUGUGAAGUGAAGCUGUGGAUCGACUAGGUGCCGGUGCCGCCACUCGAGUACUACAUAUUUGCUAGGCCAAUGCGUUUCAGCAUGGCCUUUUUGCCUCCCCUAAGAACUGCAUUGUUCUUUUUUUAAAUUUUUUUUACACUUCGUUCGGGAAUUCCAACGCGUGCCUGUUCGCUGCUGUAUGUAUGCCAAAAUUUCGCUUUCGACCAUCCUAGUAGUUCGUCCGGUAGUCCCUUUUCUGGUUGAUUAACACUGCAGGGCCGUACAUGGAAGUCCUCCCAACUCGGUGGACAAGCUUGCACUGGCUAGUCCUGCUGUCUAACUGUCCCGUUGAGUGGAGUUCAAGGCACUCAUGUUAGUAGCGCUGCUCGGUUCUCCUGAACUAGCUAUUGCUUCCGCGGUGGAUUUGGAUUCCUGUUCAGUGGACUAGUGCUGGGCAGUACUCCAUUGUCAUGUGAUCCUUUGCGCAUCGCAUCUCAUAAGGGUCGCAGUUUUUAUCUGCUAGCACAAGCAUUCACCUAUGCGUUGUAAUUGCUCUUCUGGCUUCCCCGCCUUUUGUCUUCUCUCAGCCAGGGUCGAGGAUUUCUUGUAGAUGACUCGAGCUUCGACUAUCGAUUUCGGACGGCGGAAGCAGAGCGAGCUCUUCGGCUCAGGGCCACUGCGUCCAGCAAACAUCAUCAGAAAUAAAUUCCCCACCUACAAGAAUGGUUCGAAUGGGAUUGUUAUCAAAUUGGCCGAUGGCCCAGAAAUGCCAUCUCUCAAGGAGGCCGUUGCCAAGGAGGCAACAGAUCUGCUUGAUAGGUGUCAGCGCCCUUCAGUCCGAGAGCUCACCAUGAAAUUCGAGAAGGGCUUUAACACAGCUACCUUGCUGUCUAAUGAGGCUAAAUGGAGACAUGCGGCUUUAUUGGAGCGGGACAUCCUUCUAAAGGAUCUUAAAAGUGUGUUGGAAUCGCUGAGAGGUCGAGUAGGGGGCAAAAAUAAAGAUGAAAUCGUGGAGUCUCUAUCUAUGGUGGAUAUUUUAGCCAUUGAGCUAUCCAAAAGAGAAGAUGAGUUGCUCCGGCAAAAAACAGAGGUCACAAAAAUUGCAGACACGCUGAAACUGGCUUCUACAGAUGCCAAGAGAAUUAUUGACGAAGAAAGAGCCAAUGCUCGGUUGGAGAUAGAAAGUGCUAAAGCUUCUGUACAAAAAAUUCAAUCAGCACUUAAAGAGCAGGAACUUUUUUCUCAAAGAACUGGGAAGCAGGAUGUCGAUGAACUGAAGGAAGAAGUUCAAGAAGCACGAAGAGUGAAAAUGCUGCAUUGCCCAAGCAAGGCAAUGGACAUUGAGAACGAGAUCCAAGUUCUGCGUGAUCAACUGGCUGAAAAAUCUUCAGAUUCUCUUCGCCUUUUGAAAGAGUUGGAGCUGCAUCGAAGUUACGGGGAAAAUGACAUGCCCUUGUAUGAAUUAAAGGGUCUAGAAACCUUAGGCUCAACGUUGCGCAUAGUUGUUCACGAGUGUGCCUCUGUAGAUUUCUCGAACAGUUCAAUCCAGUGGUUUCGCAUACAGCCUGAAGGAAGCAAGAAAGAAAUUAUUUCAGGCGCCACAAAACCAGUAUAUGCUCCAGAACCACAUGAUGUGGGGCGGUACAUCCAAGCUGAAGUCAAAUCUGGUGGCCAAAUCUCAGUCGCAAAAACUGCCGGUUCAAUAGAUCCUGCUGCAGGAUUGGUUGAAUAUGUAGAAACUCUCGUGAGGAAUCCUGAAACUGAUUAUAAUGUAGUCAUUAUUCAAGUAAAUGGAGUUGCUCAGGCUGCAGACUCCGUUCACGUUCUUUGCAUCGGGAGAUUGCGGAUGAGACUUGCUAAAGAAAAGACGGUCGUUGCGAAGGAGUUCUAUUCCUCGUCAAUGCAGUUGUGUGGCGUUAGAGGAGGUGGAGACGCCGCUCCCCAAUCGAUCUUCUGGCAACCCAGAAAGGGCCUCAGCUUUGUGCUGGCAUUUGAGACAACCAGAGAACGCAACUCGGCGCUCAUGCUCGCCCGGAGGUUCGCCAUCGACUGCAAUAUCAUCCUUGGUGGUCCGGGGGACAAAACGUCAUGGUGAAGUGAAACAACCAGCGCACUCUGGAACCUGAAGCCUGACCGAUUCUUGAAUUGCACAUACUGUAGUUCGAUUGUCGCAUCUGAUCACUGAGAGUAGCUGAGCUCAGUUUAGCGUUGUACGUACGUAGUGCCAACUGCCAAGUGUUGGCUCCGAUUCAUUUUUUUUAAGUUUAGGACUCGUUGCGUGUACUCGCCGGUUGUGUAGUGUAGUAGUUAUGUAUACUUGUGUUCCUGAUGAAGAGCUGAACUACGAGUGCCUAGAUGUCAUGAUGCAUCCAUGAUGGCAUAUCGGGUACCUGUC